AUGUACGUGAAUUACUUGCACCAAAGGUACAACAUGGACGAGUGGCUCCACGUCAGUAACGUUAACUCUUUCAUUUGCGAGAAGAACAACAUCAUUUUAAUCAAACCAGUUACUUCCUUAGAAAAGAACAGUGGACUUGUAAUAAAAAAUAUUUUAAAUUAUUUAAAUUGUGAAGAUUUAAAAAAUGUGUGCAUAAUUUUACCUGACUUGUACAGGUCAUUUGGCAAAUUUAAAUACAAAAACUACACCAAAAUUUAUGAAAAAUUGGGCCCAGAUUUUUACAACAUCUUGAAUUCAAACAUAAUUAACAACGUCUUAAAUAACAACUUUUUGCAGCUAUGCAUUGGUGUGAGUAAUUAUCCAAAUGAAAUAAAAAAUGCCGUUGCGACCACCUUGCAGGAAUGCUUGAGCGAUGGUGAGCUGAAAAAAAUUUUUAAAACUUUUCAGCUAGCUGACGAAUAUUUUAAUAAAAAAAUUAUGAACAGCAAGGUGAUAACAACCAAUUAUAUUCACCUUAAGGAGAAGUAUCCCGCCAUGGAGCCUCAGAAGAGCUUCAGGAGGAGCACGGCCAGUCGC